AAACUGCACGGAGAACCUGGCGCUGUCAACAGGAUCCACGUGGAGGGGUAACGGCUCGGCUGUGGAUGCGUACCGGCUCGAGGAGCACCAGCUUCCCGCCUCGGCGGUUCCAACGCAGGUGGCGAUGGCGCACGAGGCACCGUACCCGUUCCCCACGGUGGACGUUCCCGACCACGCCCACUACACCAUCGGCUCCGUCAUCCUCGCGAUCGGCAUCACCGGCAUGGUCGGAAACGUCCUUGUCAUAUACGCCUUCAGCAAGAGUCGCAGUCUGCGGACCCCUGCAAACAUGUUCAUCAUUAACUUGGCGAUCACCGACCUGCUGAUGUGCGUCACUCAGGCACCCAUCUUCUUCACCACCAGCAUGCACAAGAGGUGGAUUUUCGGAGAGAAAGGCUGCGAGCUGUAUGCAUUCUGCGGCGCUCUCUUCGGGAUCUGCUCCAUGAUCACGCUGACGGUGAUCGCCGUCGACCGAUACUUUGUCAUCACGCGACCUCUGACCUCCAUCGGGGUGCUGUCGCGAAGACGAGCCUUCUUCAUCCUCCUGGGUGCCUGGGCCUACUCACUGGCCUGGAGCCUGCCGCCUUUUUUCGGCUGGAGUGCGUAUGUCCCUGAAGGUCUGCUGACGUCCUGCACCUGGGACUACAUGACCUUCACGCCGUCGGUGCGAGCCUACACCAUGCUGCUCUUCAUCUUCGUCUUCUUCCUGCCACUCUUCAUCAUCAUCUACUGCUACUUCUUCAUCUUCCGCGCCAUUCGCAACACCAACCAGGCUGUGGGGAAGGUGGCUGGCAGCAUCCACAGUCACAGCAGCACUCGGGGCUCGAUGAAGAAGUUCCAGCGUCUGCAGAACGAGUGGAAGAUGGCGAAGAUCGCUCUGAUCAUCAUCCUGAUGUACGUCGUGUCCUGGUCCCCCUACUCCGCUGCCGCUCUCACCGCCUUCGCAGGGUACGCAGACAUGUUGACUCCCUACAUGAACUCUGUGCCCGCCGUCAUCGCCAAGGCCUCUGCUAUCCACAACCCCAUCAUCUACGCCAUCACACACCCCAAAUACAGGAUAGCGUUAGCCAAGUACAUCCCGUUUCUCGGCAUGCUGCUCUGCGUUCAUCCUCGCGACCUCCGCUCCGCCAGCAGCAGCUUCGUGUCGACGCGCCGCUCCACCGUCACCAGCCAGACCUCCGACAUCAGCAGCCACACGAGGCAGCAGAGCUACCGGACGACCCGCCUCUCCUCCGCCUCCGACAGCGAAUCGGGUCUGACAGACAUCGAGGCCGAUGGGUCCAGUAUGGGGUCGCGACCCGCCAGCCGCCAGGUCUCCUGUGACAUUAGCAGAGACACCGCCGAGCUCCCCGACUUCAAACCCUCCGCCAGCUUCAAGUCCAAGAUUAAGAACCACGACUCGGGCAUCUUCGAAAAGACGUCCUGUGAUGCUGAUAUUUCUAUAGCAGGAGUCAGUGAACGCAGCAGCAUCCCAAAUACGGAAGUGGCGGAGGUACACGUGAGGAGAGGCACGAUUGGUCGAAUCCCGAGCAUCGUCAUCACCUCGGAGACCAGCCCCUUCCUUCCCAUUGGACGAAACGGCUCCUGCAAUGGCCGAGCAAAGACAGCCAAUCACAGCAACACAGGGGAGGGGCCUGGGUAGAGAAACAAAACAAUAGAAAGUCAAGAAAGUUUCUCUCAUUCUUUUGAGUAAGAAAUGUCAUCUUAUUUUUGUUUUACUGGCACCAAUGGGCUUACAUACUUUCCAAACCAAAGGUAGCCCGUUAUUACCAAUGAAAUGACAAGGUUGAAUGCUAUCACUUCAAUAGCAAUUAACACAUUGUAUUAGCUUAUCAAAACCUUAUCUUUGACCUGUUUUUAAGUCAUAACAACAGAAAAGAAAAGACUUUUAGAUCUUAUAAAAUGGACCAGUACAAAAUACAGCCAGUUAUUGUAAGAGAAAUCAAAAUCUACCCCCUCAAAUGCUUUAAUUAGUUUGUUCAGCCUUGAUACAAAAGGCCCUGCACACUCACACCGGUGUUCUUAGUCCUUUGUACUAAUCAAAGUCUCCACACAGUCUUAAGAAAGAGGUAUAACCACCUGUGUUUCUGUAUUGGACUUUUAAUAAGGACAAUCUUUUAAGUUCUGAAGCCAAACUUUUUUUUACUUAAGGUUUAACCUAAAGAAAACCAUGUUUCUGCUCCUAGAUAAUGUUUGUAAUUUUCUCUCCGGGGUGAACCCCCUGAGCCCUUUACCAAAAGUUUUCUUGGGUUUCAGGAGAAGUUAUAAAUAUGAGAUGAUUAUAAAACUGUGGCUUCCUGUGUCUGUUUUAGUCGUCUGCUUUUUUAUUUAUUUAUGUUUGUGUCCAGCUCAUUCCUCUGUGACAGGUUCGUUUUUCAAUAAGUAAAUAUAGAUACUUGCAAUUGACCAUUCAUAAAAAAAACAACCUAAUGCUCAUUUCAGAACAAAAGAGCCUGGAACAUUUGACUUACAAAACAUUUUGGGAAAACCAUCAUUUUUAAAUGAUCAUUCUUCACUUGGAGCUGGGCUAGCAGUUUCACCUGCUUCCAGUAAUUGUGCUAAGCUAGGCUAACCACCUCCUGGACUUUACCCUGUACUGCGCUCCUGAUUUUACACGUUGGAUGGUAUUUCGAUGCUAACUUUUCCAAAAUGUGUUUUAAAUGUAUUUAUCUUUAUUCUUUCUGUCUCUUUUUGAAUAAUUAAAGUGUAUAUUUUGCUGCGAGGCAGUUUAGUGGAAUGUGAUUGUGAUGACGUUGAUGUUGUUUAAAGGGACAUUAUUGUUGAUUGUAAAGCAGCUGUUGAAAAGCUGACUUGUUGGACUGAGUGAAGUAAUCUGUUCAUUGCCCUAUAGUAGAUUUGAAUGUUUCUAUAAAAAUGAUGCAGCUAUGACACAUUUUCUGCUCCAGUUUUUAUAAAAUUCAGUUAAUUAAACCGAACCACUAGCCAAGUGGCGCCAAGCUAAAUAAUGUGCUAACUUCUUCUGGGCUCAUAGCAAACCCGAGGUCAUUUAAUGUUACGUUUAGUUCAACUGAAACAAACUUUUAUAAGCUGUUAAGCCAAACAAAAUGGUUAAACGGCUAAAUGAAGUUGGUAUCUGCAUUAAUGUGUUUGAAGUGCUGUUAAACUAUAUUGGUAACUAACCAGAAUCGAGCAGGAUACAAAUUGAAACAAACUGUGUAAUAUGCUAAAUUAUUCCAUGGCUAGCUAACCCUAAUUACGAUAAUUUAGCUCCUAAACUAUUAUCUAAACUUCACCAAAGCUGUUCAAGCUGAGUAACAGAAAAAUUAGCCAACAUAUAAGGGGAACUUUUAAACUGAUAAAGGAAGAUGUGGCUAGCAGCUAAAUUGAGAGGCUAGCUAAUGUUUGUGUUACCAUGAUGCAGGUGUAAAACUGGACUGUUACCAAAUACAAUAUACAUGUCUAAAUGAAUGUAUACUCUAAAAAUGUAGCUGCUGUAAAUCAAACCAUUUUCUAAACAACCCAAACUGUUGCUCCGUUGAACUGAACCGUAAGAGUAAGCUAACAUGCUAGCUAACUUUUAUCAUCAUGUUUUAGGAGCUAAACCAAUCUGUUAAGAAACAUCAACAAAAAAUUGUCCACGUGAGCUGACAUUUAGCUGAACUAAAACAAACUUUAUAAGCUGCUUAACUUUACAGUCAGACUAAUCAAGACAAUUUAGCCGCUAAAGCUAACUAUAACCUAACCUGACUCUAAGUGCUAGCUACUAAGAUUAGCCUGAAAGAACACUUGAUGUUUUGACAGCUUUGCAUCGUAUAUGGAGUUUGAAAUAGUUGUUAUAUUUACUCCCAGGCCUCUAAAUGUUUAACCAUCCUUUCUAAGGCCUGCCGGAACACAAACCUGUACUGUAUUGGUGUAACUUACAAAUCAUUCCACCUCGUAUCAUAACGCAACAAUUAAACCAGCAGCAGUAGCUAUGGAGUAAAUGUUGAAUAGACAGUAUUUCAAAUGCAGGUGUUUGUUAUAUAUUAGUUUUGUGUUUUAAAGUUCAUGUUCUGAAAGAUUGUUUGAUAAAGGAAAGAGGGUUUUAUUGUAGUUUUGUAACUCUUGUCUACUUCAGUGUUGAUCUUGUUUAUUUUUAUAAAUAAAUAUCUACUCACAGUAUUAAUGUGGACUCUUUUACUAUAACUAUAAAAGCUAUUACAUUCAGUAUGAAGUAU